UGCUUUUAAUUUCCUAACAAAACUUUCUGCCCUCCCGUCUCCUUUUCCUUACACCUCCUCACUCAUCCGUCAUUGUUGGAUUCUUCUCGAUCCCAUCACGAUGGCUUCGGGUAUGUCGCCAGAAGAACGCGCGAUAUACUUCCAAGACCCGGGUCAUGGCAAGGUCGCAGAUAUUUGUUUAUCGCUCGGCUUUGGAGAUGCGUCUAAGAGCUCGAGCUCGCGAUCCUACCUCGGACUCAGCCAGAAGGCCAUCGACUUUCGAAAGAAUUUUGUCAAGGGCCGUGGACUACAUUUGUUUCCUUUGCAAUACGACGAUGCCGUGGUCCAGUCUUGCGCAAAUGACUUCUUGGCAGCAAACGAGCAGCUCUUCGACCCUACGGAUGAAUCACGUGAUGCCUCCCGGCUUACAUUACCGGAUGACAAGGAGAAGAUCUUAGAAAUUCUUGGAAAGCUGAUGUGUACCCAAGAAUCAAUGUUUCGAAGAAACGAUGAAUAUCUCAAGAGAAGGAAGAAACAAGUUUAUCAGGAGCUCAGCGAGAGCGAAAUGGAAGAGGUGGAGGUGGUGGAUGAAUCCACAAUACACGUUCAGCCGAAACAGCCCCUUCCGCCUAAACGGCCAGAGAAUUCGAAUGGAGUCGAGGCAACUGGAACGAAGAGGAGCAUCGAAAGGCAUCUCGAAUACACCUACCCCGUCAAUGAAGUUUACCAGACAGUAUCCCCAGACAGCUGGCUGUUUGAUACACAGCAGCCGUGGCCCGAUAGUGAGCAAGCAUUCGCUUUCCGCUAUUUUCACGAACGGAACCUGUACACUUUCACGAAAUCGAAUCGCUCUCAAGUAAAGCGUUUUGCCUUGGCUUUGCAGAAGCGCUUAAAUCUUGAAGUCGAUUCUGCUCAAACAGUCGUCAUUCGCCAAAGAUGUAAAGACCUCAUCAAAGACAUCUCAUCUCUUUGGGGCGAGAAAGGAUCUGGGUUCCUCAUAGAGACUCCAAAUGGAUUCGUCAAAUCCUCUCAAUUCGAAAAUGCUUGGAAAUUUCACAGAAACUCGUGGGCAUUCAAGGUUCACGGUGGCCUUACUGACGGUGUCAUUGAGCUCAACCAAGCACCGACGGCAACAUUUAAAGAAGAGAAUCCAACUAAAAAGAGGCUUCACAACAUUUCACCGUCUCCUACAGAUUCGGACCCCGUCAUAAACCCAGAGCCAAGCGCAAAGCGACCAAAGAACAGUAUCGAGGGUAGCAUUCUAGCGGGAUGGCAGAAAACGACUACACAUAAUCCAAUGGGAGUAGUUGAGAAUGGCAAUACUCCUCAGUCCCCCAUAAACCAAAACCCCAUGCCUCUUAAUACUCAGUCAGCUCCGCAGUUCAUACCAGUACAGUUCGAACCCGUACAAUUCGAUCGAGCUCCAAUGCCAGCUCGAGCUCCACUGCCCACGGCCCCCACGCCUCCAACUGCAGCACCCAAAGCUCCAGCAUUUACCCCUGUCAAUGUUCUGCCCAGCAACGUCCAUCCAACCGAUCUUCAAUUUCACACCUCUUCAAUGCCUCGUACUAGACCACUUGAACGAGGCCCUGGUCCUGUGAAUGCUUCUACGCAGCCGCAGCCUCCUCGGCGUUCACGUGAAUCAAUGCCAGCUAGCAGCAAUAACACGCCCGAGAAUGCUAACUAUGACCUUUUAAAUCUCAGUCCGUCACGACUUACUCGCAGCAAGUCCACUGGAAACUUUGCUGAACCUCCCGGCCCAGGACCCCUAGAACCAGUUUCGAGGAGGGUUCUGAGUUCAGUUCCGAAUGGAAUUCAAAACAUGCCUCCUCAGCUUGCUACGCUUCAAAGCUUAGGUCCUCAGAACGUAGCUUCACAAAACGGAAUGCCGCAGAACGCAACACUGAAGAUUGCAACCCCGCCAUUUGGAACGCCUAAGCUUGCCGCAAACCCUGCUCCAAACAAUCCCCCCAACACUACUUCCAACGCAGUUGCAACUCUCCACCCCAGACCACCCCCAGCAGCACCAUAUGCAAUGCCAGAAGCUGCAAUCCCAAACCCGUCUCUCCCAGAGCGUCCCCAGCAAUUCCGCAUCCCAGACUCAACAACAAAAACUCUCACCCCAGCCACCUCACCCACGGACUCUAAACCCGCAUCCACUUCCUCAUCAGUCGCUCGACCACUACUCUCCACGCCGCGUCAAACGGAGACCCCUGAACCAUCAUCUGCUACUGCGCCCCUCUCCCAUCAACGCCUAACCUUCAUCCUCGAGAACCAAAAGCGGUCUGCAGACCAUGACAACCCUCUUUCAGCAUCCGACUUCCGUUCUCUUUCCAUCACCGACUUCUUCACGCUCUUCUGUGAACGCAGCGGUAGGGAUAGAGAAAAGACAGAGUAUCUAAUCUUUAAGUAUAAUUGGGGGUACCGGGAUAGUUUUGUGGUGAAAGAGGUCGGGAAUGAGGUUGAAUGGGAGGAGAUUAAGGAGCGGGUGAGAGAUACGUUCUUUAUGGCGAGAGAUAGAGCGGCGGGGCUAGGUUUGAAGAGGAGUGGGAGUGUGAAGGGGAAGUGGCAAGUCUGGGUUAUGGGGCCGGAGGAAGAAGAUGAGGAGUGGUGAGGUAAGUGGAGAGGGCUGGACUGUAAGAGUGGAUGAUUGGGUUGAUGGAGAAUUUGAUUGUGCGAGUAAAAAGUCGGUCGUUGAUUAAAAAUGUGAGUUUAUAUUUUGACGGCCUUCGGUAUAAGUAGAGUUAAAAUAGUCAGCCGAGAAAGUAAU